CUUGUUGCAGCAGCUCACUGGCAGUUUGGAGGUCAGUGCCUUCUGGGAGGUGGGACAGCUCUGCAGCACGUUCCAAGAAAUUUGAAAAAACACAAUUCAAAACGUCCCUUCUCUUUAGCAAAGCAAAAUAACCAAGGAACAUGGCGGCCGCCCACCGUUUGGUCAUUGUUCGUCACGGAGAGAGCUCCUGGAACCAGGAGAACCGGUUCUGUGGCUGGUUUGACGCGGACCUGAGCGAGAAGGGGUUGGAGGAGGCCAAGAGGGGAGCCCAGGCCCUGAAGGACGCUGGGUACAAGUUCGACGUGUGCUUCACCUCCGUGCUGAAGAGGGCCAUCCGCACCCUCUGGACCAUCCUGGACGGCACUGACCAGAUGUGGCUGCCGGUCAUCCGCAGCUGGCGCCUCAACGAACGGCACUACGGGGGCCUGACAGGGCUGAACAAGGCGGAAACGGCCGCCAAGCACGGCGAGGAGCAGGUGAAAGUCUGGAGGAGGUCCUUCGACAUCCCCCCUCCGCCCAUGGACAAGGACCACCCCUACUACCAGAUCAUCAGCCAGUCGAGGCGCUACGCUGGCCUGAAGGAGGGAGAGCUGCCCACCUGCGAGAGCCUGAAGGACACCAUCGCCCGGGCCCUUCCCUUCUGGAACGAUCACAUCGUCCCCGAGAUCAAAGCCGGAAAGAACGUCCUCAUCGCCGCCCACGGCAACAGCCUCCGGGGCAUUGUCAAGCACCUCGAGGGCAUGUCCGACGCUGCCAUCAUGGACCUGAACCUGCCCACCGGCAUCCCCAUCGUCUAUGAGCUGGACAAGGACCUGAAACCCAUCAAGCCCAUGCAGUUCCUGGGAGACGAGGAGACAGUCCGCAAAGCCAUGGAGGCAGUGGCCGCACAGGGGAAAGUCAAGAAAUAAUGGGAACCACAAGAGCUGGGAAAGCAGAGAGCGUGACUGGGGUCUCCCUCCCUGGUCCUGGAGAGGCCCAAGCCAGUUCUACUUAUUGAUUACCCUGAGUCACCUGUUACAGAGAGACUAGGAGCACUCGUCUAAGAGAAUGAUCAAUUAACCCCUCUAUGAGGGGAUGAAGAAUAUUCUGACUUUAGUUCCAAAUGAUCUACAGUAUGUUACUUACUAAUUGAGCACCUGUUUAAUUGAUCACAGUUAAACCGUUCCUGGUCUUUAGAAAUUGGUGACUUGAAGGCUGCCUAUGACUGUUGCUGGACUGGGUUUCUCCAGGACUAGGGUCCGAGACCUCUGUUGUGUGAGAAAGGAAGAGACUUUUUUCCAGUGGGUAGUCAAUGACUGCACUAUCUAAUCCAUUCUGCCGAAGGAUUCCCACCCAGCCUGGCUCUUUGGUAGUCUCAUGGAUGGGUUAAGAACAUAAGAGCAAUUGAAAAUGAGAGGGGUCCACUCUUCUAGCCCAAUAGGUAGUACAUCGCCAAUGGAUGCAAGGAUUCUGUCGCCUUCUGAAGGAAGCCAGGGCAUCAUCUUCAACAACAUGGCUGGGUACCUUGUUCCAGGCUCCCACAACCCUUUGUGUAAAGAGGCACCUCUUGUUCUCAGUCUUAACUGCACUUGUCAUUUCCACCUGUGUCCUCUGUUUGUAAGGACUAACGUGCAUCAAAGACAUACUCUAGAAUGGAUUGUAAAAAUCAGUAAUUGACUGCUGCUGGUUGCAUAUAUUAAAAAGGGUAGGUAAACUUAUACAGGAAUUGUGGUCUCUCUCCCACCCUCCUUUGCCACAGGUUUACUGUUUAAGUUACUGUAGCCAAACCAUCAAGCAUAGAAAAAUCACAUUCUUUUUUUGGGGGGAUUUAACAAAAAAGUGACUUUUCUGCUCCAAUAAAACCUAAAGUCUAAAUCUUGUAAUGCAAUAAAAAAGCAUUAAGUCUGUA